UGAUCGGUGGAUUUCUAUUGGAGAAGCAGUUUUAGCCUAUCUUCAUACUGUACUGUCUUUGGUUACGUUUUCGUUCAUGUAGGCUGACUUAGUAAAUUCCAUUGAGCUAUAUAAAUUCCAUACCCUCACAAGUGACCUCUCACCUCUUGACUGACUGAUGACGCCAGGUUAAUGUUUGGGGUCAGGGACAUCGCCAGUAGUGACAGGACAGGCUCUACAACUACACAAUCGAGAGAUGGCCGCAUACUCUUGGUAAUCUGAUAGCUAGCUAGCUGUUGAUGGCUUCGACUGUUGCUACAUAGUUUUAUUGAUUUGGCAACCGUGGUUAGUUUGCCACGUCUGUAAUGUGAUAACAUUAGACGAGCUAUGUGAGUGCCCCGACCGGCUGCCCGACCACAUAGGACAGCAGCAGCAGGUCAGUUCAUGUUGUUUUCUGACUGCCUUCUCCGUCCUGUCUAGCUAGCUACUGGCACUGCAUUGACUGAGGCAAAUCCGUUAUAGCUAGGAGUGUGGUGUUCAUGUAGGUACUAGUUAGCUAGUAACCAAGGAUAUCUACUCUAGCGAUAAUAGCUAAACCUGCAGCCAGGCUAAGCAAGCUAUGCCGGAUGGGUGGCUGACUGGCGUAUGCCAGAUGGUCUUUAUUUAACUAGCUAGUUAAUUAAUAAAGACCAUCUUGCAUACGCCAGUCAGCCACCCGGCUAGCUAGCUCGCUCGCCAUCACCAUCAUGAGACUCUAGUACAUGCCAAUAAUGUUUGCUGUGCUCCUGACAGCUCUUCUCUUUCCGUCCUACAAGAGAAACCUCAAACGUUAACGCGCUGCCAAAAUAAUAAAGAACCAGCACUAUUCCGUCAUCAUUUGGACUAUUGCGGAUCUAAUCUAAAACAGAGAUACCAUGCAUGGGUAAUAAUACCGUUACUCUCUUGUGUAUCUCUAGCUAGUGCUCAGAGAUUAGCUAACAUGGUUGUUUUGUUGUUAUUAUUUCUAUUUCAGGUCCUCAGUUAGCUACAGUACCACAGAUCUGGCUCCUAGCCUGGCACAGAGCAUCACACAGACAAUACAUCUGGGACAGGUGCCUCUGCGCCCAACUCUCUCUCUCUCUGUAGGCCUGAGGGAUACGGGUGAUGUCAGAGGGCCUGGGGCCAGAGGGGGGGCUGUCUCAGCCUGCCCCCCCCACCAUCACUGUUCAGGACCUGUCACACAGACCUGCACACACACCUCUGGACAGGAUCACACCUGCACACACACUUCUGGAUGGGAACACGCCUGUGGAGCAGGUGAGUUUGUGUGUGUACUGUUCUGUGAAGGAAUGAUCAGUAAUGUGUGUGUGUGUGUGUGUGUGUCAGGGUUGGGCACAAUUCAGGUUUGAAUUGAAUGCUUCAUGAAUUCCAAUGUAAUUCUUGAAUUUUAAUUACAUUUUAAUUGUAGUAAACAGAAUAUAGAAUUGUAAUUUGAAUUAGAAGGAAAUAUAAUUGAAUUCAGUUAAAUUCAGGGUUGUGGGUUCGUUUCCCACGGGGGGCCAGUAUGAAAAUGUAUGCACUCACUAACUAUAAGUCGCUCUGGAUAAGAGCGUCUGCUAAAUGACUAAAAUGUAAAAUUCAAUGAAAUUCAAAUGCCUCUUCUAUUCUAUAUUAGGUGUAGUCUAUACAAAUAUACAUCUUGAAAAUAAAACAACAAACGUUGUUGUAUACAUGCAUAUAAAAUAUUGUUGAACAGUUGAUUUUCAGGACAAACUCUUGAAAUUAAUGAUCAAGGAAAACAGAACCUGUAUGUGAAUAUUCUAAGUUAUUAUAUUUAAUUAAUCACUUACAUUUUGUUCAAUAUGGGCUUAAGUACUACAUUUCCCAGAAUGCAUUAGUUUAACCCUCAAGUUGACCCUGAGGCCUUCAAAAAGAAGCCAAACAAAUGAAAUGGUUGGUGGAAAUAUAAUUGGCUAUUCUAAGCACUAUGGUUAAAAGAGUAUAUAAACAUUGUUUCCAUUGUUUCUUUGAUAUCUGGAAGUGUGACCUGUCAGAUUAAAUGAAACUCUCAAAUUCUGCAUCCUGUGGGGUCUGGCCAAUUCAAUUCGAAUUUCAACUCAUGAGUUGAAUGGGAGUCAAUUCCAAAAUUCUGAAUUGAGCCCAACCCUGGUGUGUGUCUCAGCUGCACCGGAAGUGUCAAGUCAUGAUCAAUUACCUGUGUGUGUGUGGGGAGAGGGUCCAAUAUCCAUUGUUAGUCAUUGUUAACAGGCUCCACUGUCACUCUCCAAUAACCCAGUAGAAAUCCCAUAAUAGUCCAUAACCACAAAUACAGGCUUGAGACUUUGCCAGGAACUUUCCAGACUUGGCUGAUGUAAAACAGAUUCUGAAAGGCAAAACCCUCCCAUAACACUUCUAUAGCAGAGGCCUUAUAAGGCAGCUUGUCCUGUCAGUAAACACUUGUUGACUAACGUCAGUCACUACUAGGUUCCUCCCCAGCCUCUUACAACACUGCCCCCUCCACUAGUCCCCCUGCUCUAGUGUGUGUGUGCUUUGGUCCCCUUGCUCAAAGUCAACUGUUACAUUCUCCUGCCCCACAGAGCUAAUGUUACAAUAAGAACGGUAUGUCCUGCAGUCACCUUAGGGCCUGUGCCAACUGCCAACACACACACACACAACAGAGGUUAGGAAGGGAGGGGUAGUCAUACAGUUGACACUUUUAUAGUGUAGGUCUAUUCAAAAGCAUUGUCAUGAUUGGCAAAAGCCAAUUUGUGUGAACGGAUACAGGUCAUUAUUAGUUUGGUUAGAAACUCUGUUGCGAGGCGAAGGAGACUUCCUGUUUGGGUAGCUAACAGGAAGUGCCUUCCAUAAACAUUCCUGGUUCAUUCCUAAAGCCACAUUACGGAAUCUGUUUAGAAGAGCAAUGUCAUGGUUAAGUUGUGUAAAAUCUGCAUUGGUGUCACAGGAAUAAAAUGAUUGCCCAGGCAACAGAAGGUUUAACCAGCACAAAUCAGAGUUUUUAUUUCGCAACUCGGAGUUGAACGUUUUGGCUGUGGAAACACUGUUGCAGAAUGUCCUUUUGCGUACAGAAUUCUAGCACAGCACGUGAAGUGAGGAUGUCAAUCUCCCUUCCAGAGGUACAGAGAGAUCCAGCCUUUGUGCUGUUCUUUCACACUCUGGGGCUGAGUUAGGGCCCAGGUUAGCUGUGAGUAGAGGAGAAAAUAGGCAAAUAGUGGGGAAGAGUGAAGAGGAAAUAAGAGAGGAACAGAGGAAAGGCGAGGGAGAGAGGAGAUGCUUGCUGCGGUAGAGAGAAUAAAGCAGAGCUUUGUUUAGCCCGGGAGAGGUCCGUUACGCUGUGCUCUCCUCGCCUGUCCUGGUCUCGUCUCUGCUCGUCUCCUGAGGAUCAGUGAUCAGUGGGAGCUACAGGAAAAAGGGACAACCGACGCCCUGCUUGGCUGCUGUUUUAAUUAUUGAAGCUCCUGGCUGUAACUGUAGAAUGGUGUGAUUGUGGAGAGACUGUGCUGUGUGGAGGGGAAGGUAGGUCGAACUACGUCAGGGGUUGUGACGUUACUACCUCCCUAGAAUAGCACCCAUGGAUCUCUACAGAGACCUCCUGGUUAUAGGGGUCUUAAAGUAGAUUUUUCCAGUGAAGGUGAAUGAGGACUAACUAAUCAGGUGGGUGCUACUGUAGCUGCAGGGUUUUUCAGAGCUUAGUGUUAUUUAGACCUUUGUUUCUCCAGUGUUGCUUCUUACUGUAUGUGCAUGUGUAAAUACAGAAUUCUACUCAGUUAGUUAUGUCGCGUUCAAGACAACUCGGAAAAUUGGACAUUUCUGACUUGGAAACUCGUUGUAGAAAGAUGAGCUCUGAAUUUCCCACUUGGAAAGUAUCAGAGUCGACCAAUAUGAAGCCCUAAUCAAAAAAGGUAUGCACAUUUUCACUUGUAGGUUCAGAGUUUCUGAGUUGUCUUGAAAGCACCAUUACACCCCAGGUAUCAGUAUGAUGAUGAUGUCACCCCUGCAGGUGUCUGGCGUGGUGGACGAGACCUCCCCUUCCUCCACUUCCUCCUUCGAGUUGGUUGACAUGGAGCCAGCUCCGCCCCUGUACCAGCCCGUGCAACCCCAUUGGUUCUACUGUCGCCAUGCCGACUCCAAGGAUGUGUGGCUCCCUUUCAGCAGAAAGGACUCGGAGAGACUGGAACAGGCCUUGUCUACCGGUGAGAUGGAGAGGGGAACUAGAGAGAGGGAGGGCAGCAGAAGGAGGUAGAGAGAGAAUGUGUGUUGAACAACUGUCAGAUAGUUAUCACCAUAACAGUCCUCUCUGGUCUGCUGCCCACUGGGUCAGUCCCUGCGGCUGGCAGAAAUGAGAGGAAUAGGCUACACACUCACAUGGUCUCUUUAUCCGUUUCAUCUGAAUAUUUGUGUGUGUUCUGUGUGUGUGUGUGUGUGUGUGUGUGUGUGUGUGUUUAGGAGGAGAGGAGGAGGAGGUGGUGGUGGCAGUAGAAGGGGAGAGAUAUGACGUGCGUGUUCGGGAGCGUCAGAGGUAUGCGGUGUACUGGGAGCAGGGCCCGUCAGAGGUGCGACGCUGUACCUGGUUCUAUAAAGGCGAUAAAGAUGCCAGAUACAUGCCCUACCCUGAGGAGUUCAGCACCAACCUGGAGGUAAGACACCAACGUUACCCUGGCAGAGCUGUAACAUCACUACAAUGUUAUUACAGCAUCAUGUCAACAUUAGUACCCCCAUUAUUACACCAUCGGUACAACAUUGCUACAACGUAAUCAACAUUACUACAACACUAAUACACCAUUACAACAACAAUAGUACAUAACUACAAUAUUAUUACAGCGCUACUAAAUUGUCCUACACAUUUUUUUAUUCUCUUAAUUCUGGCUUGUAAUCCCCCCGCCCCCUCCUCCCUGUCUGUCUGUCUGUCAGGAUGCCUAUAUGAUAGCAGUGACUCUAGAUGAGUGGAAAAGGAAGCUGGAGUUUCCUUCAGGAGAGACAGUCAUCCUGCACAACCCUAAAGUAAGAACGCUGACCGCACCUCACCUCUUUGCUACACUAAUGGGACUGACCGAUGCUAUGCUAAGUUUGGAUGCAUUAGUUAUGGGGUGUAAUGUCUUUAGUAUCUGCACCCUCUCCCCCUCUAUCUGUAUUUACUCGCUCUUUUUCUUUCUCCACCCCUAACCCUCCUUCCAUGGUCAGUUGAUCAUGCAGUACCAGCCAAUCGCGUUGCAGGACGAGUGGGUCUCCUCUCCCUCGGAGCAGACUCGCCCACGUACUGUCAAGAGGGGUGUCGACAACAUCACAGCAGAGAUACCUGACGGUGUGUGUGUGUGAGAGAUAUAUUUGCUGUUUGCCCUCUGGUCAGUCUCAAAGCCAUUUAGUAUAAUGGAUUACCUCCAGUAUAUCUGUGUCCUACAUUAUUAAACACCUUUUUAGGUGUGUGUGUGCGAGUUUAUAAUCUGCAUGUGUGUGAGACAUGUGUCCUGCUCUACUGAAGGCCUGUGUGUGUUAUCCAGGUGAGCCAGAGACAAUAGAUCACCUGGUGUUCAUGGUUCACGGCAUCGGCCCCGCCUGUGACAUUCGCUUCAGAUCUAUCAUACAAUGUGGUGAGUGUGUGUGUCUGUGCCUGUUUGACUGUGUGUGUGUGUGUGUCAAUGCAUGUGUUUGACUGUGUUUGUGGCUGUCGGGCCAUGUGUUUGUGAGUGCGUGUGUGUGUCAACUGUGUGUGUGUGUUAACGGUAUCUCUGUGUGUGUGUGUUAACAGUCUCUCUCUCUGUGUGUGUGUGUGUGUGUAGUGAAUGACUUUAGGAGUGCGUCCCUGUCCCUGCUGGGGAGCCAUUACAGGAGAGGCCAGGAGGAGGGCAGGGUGGGCAGAGUGGAGUUCCUACCUGUCAACUGGCACAGCGCACUACACGGAGACGCCACUGGAGUAGACGAGUAAGAACAUGCACGCAUACACACACACACACACACACACACGCAUACACACACACACACAGAGAGAUAAGCAACCUCAGUCUAGUCAACCAGUAUCUAAUACUGCAUUUACUCAUCUCUUUCUCUCUCUAUCGCUGUCUACCCCUCUCCUCUCACUCCCCCUUCUCCUCCUCUCACCCCCCUCUCUACCCUUCUCUCUCCCCCUCACCCCCCUUCUCUCUCCCCUCUCUCUUCCCUCUCCUUCCCUUCUCUCUCUCUCCCCUAUCUCUCAGGGACAUCCAGAGGAUCACUCUCCCCAGUAUCAGUCGUCUGAGACAUUUCACCAAUGACACUCUGCUCGACCUGUUUUUCUACAACAGUCCUACCUACUGCCAGACCAUAGUGGACACAGUGGCCUCCGAGGUUAACAAGCUCCACUCACUGUUCAAACACAGACACCCAGAGUUCACUGGGGCAGUGUCUGUGGUUGGACACAGCCUGGGUGAGACACGCACACACACACACACACACACACGGACACACCAGGAUUCGAUACUGCGAUCAAAACAGCAUUUGCAACCAUUUUGACUUGGGAGUGCAACACACAUUUUUAAAAAAUUGGUUGCCAGGGUGUCAGUGAAAUUGUUUUACCUGGUCACAUUAUCUAUAUAUUUUUAUCAUCAUGAUUUAUUCAAACCGUAAUGUGCCAUUGACCAAAAAUAAACCAACUUUCUGAAGAGGCAACAACGGUACAGGAAUGCCCCUGUGUGUGUGUGUCAGUGCCCGCUUGGGCCAGUGUAAAAACUAUUGUAAUAAUGCUAUUUUUAAUCUAGGCUAUAUAAUUGAUUAAAAACUAUUAGGAUUCUCGAAGCUGUUCGUUCGUUAUGUUGAUUAUUUAUCACAUGUAUAGCCUAUAGAUCAGGGAUGGGCAACUGGCGGCCUUGGCCCCCCUUUUGUAGGCCCGCGGACCAAUAUAUAAAAAUAAAAAAAAGAUAUAGAAAUACAGUGCCUUCGGAAAGUAUUCAGACCCCUUGACUUUUUCCACAUUUUGUUAGGUUACAGCCUUAUACUAAAAUUGAUUAAGUUGUUUUUUUCCUUCAUCAAUCUACACACAAUACCCCAUAAUGACAAAGCAAAAACAGGUUUUUAGACAUUUUUGCUAAUUUAUAAAAAAAGAACUGAAAUAUCACAUUUACGUAAGUAUUCAGACCCUUUACUCAGUACUUUGUUGAAGGACCUUUUGCAGCCUUGAGUCUUCUUGGGUAUGACGGUACAAACUUGGCACACCUGUAUUUGGGGAGUUUCACCCAUUCUUCUCUGCAGAUCCUCUCAAGCUCUGUCAGGUUGGAUGGGGAGCGUUGCUGCACAGCUGUUUUCAGGUCUCUCCAGAGAUGUUCGAUCGGGUUCAAGUCCAGGCUCUGGCUGGGCCACUUAAGGAUAUUCAGAGACUUGUCCCGAAGCCACUCCUGCGUUGUCUUGGCUGUGUGCUUAUGGUCGUUGUCCUGUUGGAAGGUGAACUGUUGCCCCAGUCUGAGGUCCUGAGCGCUCUGGAGCAGAUUUUCAUCAAGGAUCUCUCUGUACUUUGCUCUGUUCAUCUUUGCCUCGAUCCUGACUUGUCUCCCAGUCCCUGCCACUGAAAAACAUCCCCACAGCAUGAUGCUGCCACCACCAUGCUUCACCGUAGGGAUGGUACCAGGUUUCCUCCAGACGUGAUGCUUGGCAUUCAGGCCAAAGAGUUCAAUCUUGGUUUCAUCAGACCAGAGAAUCUUGUUUCUCGUGGUCUGAGAGUCUUUAGGUGCCUUUUGGCAAACUCCAAGCAGGCUGUCAUGUGUCUUUUACUGAGGAAUGGUUUCCAUCUUGCCACUCUACCAUAAAGGCCUGAUUGGUGGAGUGCUGCAGAGAUGGUUGUCCUUCUGGAAGGCUCUCCCAUCUCCACAGAGGAACUCUAGAGCUCUGUCAGAGUGACCAUCGGGUUCUUGGUCGCCUCCCUGACCAAGGCCCUUCUCCUCCGAUUGCUCAGUUUGGCCGGGCAGCCAGCUUUAGGAAGUGUCUUGGUGGUUCCAAACUUCUUCCAUUUAAGAAUGAUGGAGGCCACUGUGUUCUUGGGGACUUUCAAUGCUGCAGAAAGGUUUUGGUACCCUUCCCCAGAUCUGUGCCUCGACACAAUCCUGUCUCGGAGCUCUAUGGACAAUUCCUUCGACCUCAUGGCUUAGUUUUUGCUCUGACUUGCACUGUCAACUGUAGGACCUUAUAUAGACAGGUGUGUGCAUUUCCAAAUCAUGUCCAAUCAAUUUAAUUUACCACAGGUGGACUCCAAUCAAGUUGUAGAAACAUCUGAAGGAUGAUCAAUGGGAACAGGAUGCACCUGAGCUCAAUUUUGAGUCUCAUAGCAAAGGGUCUGAAUACUUAUGUAAAUAAGGUAUUUCUGUUUUUUAUUUUUUGAUAAAUUUGCAAAAUUUCUAAAUACCUGUUUUUGCUUUCUCGUUAUGGGGUAUUGUAGAUUGCUGAGGAUUUUUUUAAUUGAAUCUAUUUUAGAUUAAGGCUGUAACGUAGCAAAAUGUGGAAAAAGUUAAGGGGUGUGAAUACUAUAUAUAUACAUACAUACAUACAGUGGGGAGAACAAGUAUUUGAUACACUGCCGAUUUUGCAGGUUUUCCUACUUACAAAGCAUGUAGAGGUCUGUAAUUUUUAUCAUAGGUACACUUCAACUGUGAGAGACGGAAUCUAAAACAAAAAUCCAGAAAAUCACAUUGUAUGAUUUUUAAGUAAUUAAUUUGCAUUUUAUUGCAUGACAUAAGUAUUUGAUCACCUACCAACCAGUAAGAAUUCCGGCUUUCACAGACCUGUUAGUUUUUCUUUAAGAAGCCCUCCUGUUCUCCACUCAUUACCUGUAUUAACUGCACCUGUUUGAACUCGUUACCUGUAUAAAAGACACCUGUCCACACACUCAAUCAAACAGACUCCAACCUCUCCACAAUGGCCAAGACCAGAGAGCUGUGUAAGGACAUCAGGGAUAAAAUUGUAGUCCUGCACAAGGCUGGGAUGGGCUACAGGACAAUAGGCAAGCAGCUUGGUGAGAAGGCAACAACUGUUGGCGCAAUUAUUAGAAAAUGGAAGAAGUUCAAGAGCACGGUCAAUCACCCUCGGUCUGGGGCUCCAUGCAAGAUCUCACCUUGUGGGGCAUCAAUGAUCAUGAGGAAGGUGAGGGAUCAGCCCAGAACUACACGGCAGGACCUGGUCAAUGACCUGAAGAGAGUUGGGACCACAGUCUCAAAGAAAACCAUUAGUAACACACUACGCCAUCAUGGAUUAAAAUCCUGCAGCGCACGCAAGGUCCCCCUGCUCAAGCCAGCGCAUGUCCAGGCCCGUCUGAAGUUUGCCAAUGCUUUUUGGUCUAAACUCCACUCGCCGUGUUUGUAGGAAGAAGAAGGAUGAGUAGAACCCCAAGAACACCAUCCCAACCGUGAAGCAUGGAGGUGGAAACAUCAUUCUUUGGGGAUGCUUUUCUGCAAAGGGGACAGGACGACUGCACCGUAUUGAGGGGAGGAUGGAUGGGGCCAUGUAUCGUGAGUAAGAGCAUUGAAGAUGGGUCGUAGCUGGGUCUUCCAGCAUGACAACGACCCAAAACACACAGCCAGGGCAACUAAGGAGUGGCUCCGUAAGAAGCAUCUGAAGGUCUGUAUGGAGGAGUGGGCCAAAAUCCCUGCUGCAGUGUGUGCAAACCUGGUCAAGACCUACAGGAAACGUAUGAUCUCUGUAAUUGCAAACAAAGGUUUCUGUACCAAAUAUUAAGUUCUGCUUUUCUGAUGUAUCAAAUACUUAUGUCAUGCAAUGAAAUGCAAAUUAAUUACUUAAAAGUCAUACAAUGUGAUUUUCUGGAUUUUUGUUUUAGAUUCCGUCUCUCACAGUUGAAGUGUACCUAUGAUAAAAAUUACAGACCUUUACAUGCUUUGUAAGUAGGAAAACCUGCAAAAUCGGCAGUGUAUCAAAUACUUGUUCUCCCCACUGUAUAUAUUAGUACCAGUCAAAAGUUUGGACACACCUACUCAUUCCAUCAUUCUUUAUUUUUACUAUUUUGUACAUUGUAGAAUAAUAUUGAAGACAGGAAAACAAUGAAAUAACACAUAUGGAAUCAUAUAGUAACCAAAAAAGUGUUAAACAAAUCAAAAUAUAUUUUAUAUUUGAGAUUCUUCAAAGUAGCCACCCUUUGCCUUGAUGACAGCUUUGCACACUCUUGGCAUUCUCUCAACCAGCUUCACCUGGAAUGCUUUUCCAACAGUCUUGAAGGACUUCCCACAUAUGCUGAGCACUUGUUGGCUGCUUUUCCUUCACUCUGCCGUCCGACUCAUCCCAAACCAUCUCAAUUGGGUUGAGGUCGGGGGAUUGUGGAGGCCAGGUCAUCUAAUGCAGCACUCUCCUUCUUGGUAAAAUAGCCUUUACACAGCCUGGAGGUGUAUUGGGUCAUUGUCCUGUUGAAAAACAAAUGAUAGUCCCACUAAGCCCAAACCAGAUGGGAUGGAGUAUCGCUGCAGAAUGCUUUGGUGGCCAUGCUGGUUAAGUGUGCCUUCAAUUCUAAAUAAAUCACAGACAGUGUCACCAGCAAAGCACCCCCACACCAUAAGACCUCCUCCUCCAUGCUUUAUGGAGGGAAAUACACAUGCAGAGAUCAUCCGUUCACCCACACUGCGUCUCACAAAUACACGGUGGUUGGAACCAAAAGUCUCAAAUUUGGACUACAGACCAAAGGACAAAUUUCCACCGGUCUAAUGUUCAUUGCUUGUGUUUCUUGGCCCAAGCAGGUCUCUUCUUCUUAUUUGGUGUCCUUUAGUAGUGGUUUCUUUGCAGCAAUUCGACCAUGAAGGCCUGAUUCACACAGUCCCCUCUGAACAGUUGAUGUUGAGAUGUGUCUGUGACUUGAACUCUGUGAAGCAUUUAUUUGGGCUGCAAUUUCUGAGGCUGGUAACUCUUGAACUUAUCCUCUGCAGCAGAGGUAACUCUGGGUCUUCCAUUCCUGUGGUUGUCCUCAUGAGAGCCAGUUUCAUCAUAGUGCUUGAUGGUUUUUGCGACUGCACUUGAAGAAACGUUCAAAGUUCUUGAAAUGUUCCAUAUUGACUGACCAUCCUGUCUUAAAGUAAUCAUGGACUGUCGUUUCUCUUUGCUUAUUUGAGAUGUUCUGGCCAUAAUAUGGACUUGUUAUUUUACCAAAUAGGGCUAUCUUCUGUAUACAUUUUACAUUUGAGUCAUUUAUCAGACGCUCUUAUCCAGAGCGACUUACAGUUAGUGAGUGCCUCCUACCUUGUCACAACACAACUGAUUGGCUCAAACGCAUUAAGAAAUUCCACAAAUUAACUUUUAAGAAGGCACACCUGUUAAUUGAAAUGCAUUCAAGGUGACUACCUCAUGAAGCUGGUUGAGAGAAUGCCAAGAGUGUGCAAAGCUGUCAUCAAGGCAAAGGGUGGCUAUUUUGAAGAAUGUCAAAUAUAAAAUAUACUUUUGAUUUGUUUAACACUUUUUUUGGUUACUACAUGAUUCCAUGUGUUAUUUCGUAGUUUUGAUGUCUUCACUAUUAUUUUACAAUGUACAAAAUAGUAAAAAUAAAGAAAAACCCUUGAAUGAGUAGGUGUGUCCAAACUUUUGACUGGUAGUCUGUGUAUGUAUGUAUGUAUGUAUGUAUGUAUGUAUGUAUGUACAGUGAGGGAAAAAAGUAUUGAAUCCCCUGCUGAUUUUGUACGUUUGCCCACUGACAAAGAAAUGAUCAGUCUAUCAUUUUAACAGUGAGAGACUGAAUAACAACAAAAAAAUCCAGAAAAACGCAUGUCAAAAAUUUUAUAAAUUGAGUUGCAUUUUAAUGAGGGAAAUAAGUAUUUGACCCCCUCUCAAUCAGAAAGAUUUCUGGCUCUCAGGUGUCUUUUAUACAGGUAACGAGCUGAGAUUAGGAGCACACUCUUAAAAGGGAGUGCUCCUAAUCUCAGCUUGUUACCUGUAUAAAAGACACCUGUCCACAGAAGCAAUCAAUCAAUCAGAUUCCAAACUCUCCACCAUGGCCAAGACCAAAGAGCUCUCCAAGGAUGUCAGGGACAAGAUUGUAGACCUACACAAGACUGGAAUGGGCUGCAAGACCAUCGCUAAGCAGCUUGGUGAGAAGGUGACAACAGUUGGUGCGACUAUUCGCAAAUGGAAGAAACACAAAAGAACUGUCAAUUUCCCUCGGCCUGGGGCUCCAUGCAAGAUCUCACCUCGUGGAGUUGCAAUGAUCGUGAGAACGGUGAGGAAUCAGCCCAGAACUACACGGGAGGAUCUUGUCAAUGAUCUCAAGGCAGCUGGGACCAUAGUCACCAAGAAAACAAUUGGUAACACACUACGCCGUGAAGGACUGAAAUCCUGCAGCGCCCGCAAGGUCCCCCUGCUCAAGAAAGUACAUAUACAUGCCCGUCUGAUGUUUGCCAAUGAACAUCUGAAUGAUUCAGAGGAGAACUGGGUAAAAGUGUUGUGGUCAGAUGAGACCAAAAUGGAGCUCUUUGGCAUCAACUCAACUCGCCGUGUUUGGAGGAGGAGGAAUGCUGCCUACGACCCCAAGAACACCAUCCCCACCGUCAAACAUGGAGGUGGAAACAUUAUGCUUUGGGGGUGUUUUUUUGCUAAGGGGACAGGACAACUUCACCGCAUCAAAGGGACGAUGGACGGGGCCAUGUACCAUCAAAUCAUGGGUGAGAACCUCCUUCCCUCAGCCAGGGCAUUGAAAAUGGGUUGUGGAUGGGUAUUCCAGCAUGACAAUGACCCAAAACACACGGCCAAGGCAACAAAGGAGUGGCUCAAGAAGAAGCACAUUAAGGUCCUGGAGUGGCCUAGCCCAUAGAAAAUCUGUGAAGGGAGCAGAAGGUUCGAGUUACCAAACGUCAGCCUCGAAACCUUAAUGACUUGGAGAAGAUCUGCAAAGAGGAGUGGGACAAAAUCCCUCCUGAGAUGUAUGCAAACCUGGUGGCCAACUACAAGAAACGUCUGACCUCUGUGAUUGCCAACAAGGGUUUUACCACCAAGUACUAAGUCAUGUUUUGCAGAGGGGUCAAAUACUUAUUUCCCUCAUUUAAAUGCAAAUCAAUUUAUAACAUUUUUGACAUGCGUUUUUCUGGAUUUUUUUUGUUAUUCAGUCUCUCACUGUUCAAAUAAACCUACCAUCAAAAUUAUAGACUGAUCAUUUCUUUGUCAGUGGGCAAACGUACAAAAUCAGCAGGGGAUCAAAUACUUUUUUCCCUCACUGUAUGUGUUUAUGUUAAAAAAAAAAUUAGGAACUCAGUCGUGGUCUCCACUUACUGUUGAGAGUUAGAAGGUGCAAUUUAGAAAUUUGGUUGUGCAUCAGCAGUCACUCAAUUAGCCCAUGUCAGCAAAAUGUUUUUGGAUUGGUAAAUUAGUCUAGCGGCCAGCUAUCUAAACUUGUAGUAAACAUGGUCGAAAUACCGACCGUGGUGGGGCCCAUUGAUCAUCAGUUAUCAUAUUAAAAACUGCAAACAUUUGCCUCCAUCCUAUUGCCAAAUGUGUAGAAUUGCUGGAAAUUAGCUGUAAACUUGCUAAUUAUUCUCUCUGCCCCAUGGCAAAAUGAGUAGAAUUGCAGCAAUCUUGCUUUAUAACGGCAACAGUUUUUUCUACGGCCCAUGUUAAAAUGUGCAGAAUUACAGAAAAUUAACUUUAAAACAAAAAUGGGGGGGGGUGCGCAGACCCACGAGCCACUGUGGCCCCUCAUGAGUUCCUUUUUUUUUGUGGGGUCCACCCCAUCAAAGUUGCCCAUUCCUGCUAUAGAUAGUUUGUCAGGCAGAGAGAGCACACAGCUGGUUGUUGCGUGGAGGAAAGAUCGACAGCGGUAAGGUUGCGAAAGAUGUUCCAAGUUAUGAUACAGUAUCUACCAAUAUAUGCUAAGGCAAGAAUGGGUAUGCAAACCAGGUAUUUAAAAAGUUCAGUCUUGGUUGAAUAUUUGCAUGCACAAUUUACUCAUAAUGGAAUAGCCUACCUUGAAAAUCAGACAUUUCUCUAGUCUAGGCUCUUUGGUCCUUGAAAGGUCAUUGAAGCCAAUUUAAAAGUUAUUCUGCUCCAUUAUAAUUAUUCAGUGAUUUCAUUUCUGAUCAGUUUUUAUGAGAGAUGAAGGCACUUUCGUUUGUUUCCCGCUGUUUUAAAUGAAGGGUGUUGCGCUAGUCUGUUGCGUUAAAACUGUGGUUAUUAUGAGCAAGACAACAUCGAAUGCUGGCUUCAACUUGGUUUUCCUUACAAAGUGUUCCAUUACAAAAACAACCCGGUUUUUGGCCGCUUUUUCGUUUCAAAGCAUGAUACAGUAACCCCUCAAUAUCUCUUCAACAUCUCAAAUGGCAAGACUGACUAGCUACUAGCCUAUGUCCUGUAUAUUUCUACCACUUUGUGUAGCCUUAAUGGCGACGCUAAUGAUAGCCUAACCUUUUUUCGGGUAGAUGGAAAGGAAAUAAAAGGUAACUACAAAGUAGCCUACCUGGCAGAAUCAUGAUUAUUUGCAUCAAUGAAGUGGCCAUUUGUUUUGAAAACUCCAUCAUAAGUGUGCUACAGAAACACCGCUAGCCAAACACAACAGUCUGGCUGGUUGCACACCUGAAUUAAAGGUUGUCUACACAAAAAAUAUAUACAUUUCUCAGAUUUUUCACAGACCUCAAAUUGUUCCUUGAUGUGGUUUAAGCAUUGUUGUGGACUUAGAACAUCCAAUUUUCUUUUUUAAAAAGUGUGAUUUUUGAGAGCAGAAACCUAAAAGGAACUUAGGGAAAUCAGUCCUUCUCCCGGUUUUUUAAAUUUUUUAUUUUUUGCAGUGGUAUCAUUUAUGUAUCAAGUGUCGUUUUUUCACAUUCUGCCCUCUAGAGGAUUUUAGCAGAAAAGAACACAUGGCACUUUGAAAUCUGCAGUAAAUACAUUUUGUACUUUAUUUUAAGUCUCUUUUCUUUGCUGUAAGAACACAAGGGCAUAACAUUUAAAUGCAGGCACAUUAUGCACACAGGCCAGGUUGUUAUCAAUUAUAUCAAUUUUUUUAUAAAAUAAAUUGGUGCGACCAAAUCAUGUGCUGGUGCCACGAACUGAAAAAGUUGGUGUAGAACCCUGCACACACACACGUAAACACAUUCUUGGUAAGGGAUUUAUUUCUAUGGCUUUAUAGAUACACACAGAGUUUGUCAACUGUCCUCCUCAAAAUAUGAUUUGACAACCACUUUAAUUACAAUUCAAUAAAAUGAUGCAUGUGUCUAGGAAACAUACCACCUGUAGGAAUUGUACAUCUUAAACAGGAUUGGCCUAUCUUGACCUAUGACCUUUUACUGAAUUACCUCACGUUCCCCUACAGGCUCGCUGAUCCUGUUUGAUCUGCUGACCAAUCAGAAGACAGGAUCAGGAGAGGCAGACAGAGAUGAGGUAACCAGGUCUUUACAGUGACAGAGACCCUGUGUCUGUAUUAUUACAUACCUGACUGACACACACCUCAAGCUAAAAAAUCCAGGUACUAGAGAUCUUUUAUAAUCUCACAGCAGUGGGGUUUUGUUGCGGUUAGUGUGCUACAUAACUCAUGUCUUGUCUAUAUUAGGGGGAACUGUAGGCCUCUUAGUGAUAGACAUCCUGCUGUACAGUACAAUUAAGGUCUAGAUGCCACUUUGUUAAUGCUAUAGACAUCACAGUGUAGGAAUGUAAUGACUAUUCAAUUAUAUUUAUGUUCUAUAACAUAAUAACACCCCUCGUCUGGCCUGUAGGGUCGUAACCGUGACCCCUGCCCUCUGACCUGUGAUGCGUUGGAGCAGGCUCUAUGCAGAAUGGGCCUCCAGGAGCACCUGGCUACACUACAGAGCGUGGACCUAGACCUUGACUCACUGGUGAGACUGUGUCGUGUGUGUCCUGUGUGUCGUGUGUGUGUGUGUGUGUGUGUGUGUCGUGUGCACUAAUAUCCCAGUCUUCCCUCAGGCUCUGUGUGACGAGACUGACCUGACAGAGCUUGGAAUCCCUCUGGGACCGAGGAAGAAGAUCCUCAGCUUCAUACGGAAGAGACACUUCCUACAGGUCAGGGUUCAUAAGGUCACAAAGCAGUGUUUCCGCUGCACUCAUUUUGCUGUGGAGCUGCACCACGGCAAAAUCAUUACCGCCACGCAACAACAAAAAAUAUGGAACAUGAAAAAUAGUUCUGCUGAGGCGCAUUUUGAAGAUGCUAGAACAUUCCACAUGUACUUUUCCUCUACAAACAAAACAAGUAACUAAUAGAACAAUUGAACAACCCCAUAGUAGAAUAGUUUAUAUAUUUACCUAGUCUGCUUGUUGUUGUGUUCUAUGCUAGAUAAAUAUUCCUCUCGUGGCGCAUUCAUGUUAUAAGUGCCAUAGGGAGGGAAACAUGCAUUCUGACAAGCAGUCAAUGCACAACAAUUCUUGCAAUCGCGAAAACAGCAGUUUUAAUGGCUUUUGUUAAAAAGAGGGGAAUCGCAGCUUUCCAUUCCUACUUUAUUUAUUUAUCAACUCCUAAAUAUGCGCCAACUGUGCCAUUUGAAACCUGGGUUUUUUUUAGCAGAAGCAUGGCUAAGCAUGUUACCCCUCAGCAAUUGGAAGUGAGUGCAUAGGGGAGAGUGGGGCUAAAUGUAACAUCGGUCAAUUGUAGGGUGACUUGGGGUACAACGCCUCUACCUCAAAAUCAUUUAUUUGGAAUGACUUAAAAAAUUGUGAUGAGACAGAUAAUAUUUUGGGUUGAGCAAGAGUAGUGGAAACCAGGGAAAGUGUUGGGGGGGAAAUUUUGACAUGAAGUGGUUUCUGUGACAAGUACAGGCAGGGUGCUUUUUACCCCGUGUGUUGAGAGUUACCCCAAGAUACCCUAACAGGUAGACCUGCAUUAUAUACAGUGUUUAUGCACGUUUUUUGGGACAUAAAAUUAAUCAAUAUGAUAAUAACUAGUUAAAAGAUCACAUUUGAGAUCUGGCUAAUGAUUAGACCAAUAGGGUAAAUGCAGAUGGGCAACCCCAUCCUUCAGCCUAUUUAUCUUCACUUUGCUGCAUCAGUUGGGCUAAAGGUGAUUAGUGUUUAUUGCUAAUAGCAUACCUGAAAAUAUGGACCAUGCAAAGGCUAUAUACUCUACAUGGCCCAAUAUGUUAAAAUAAUUGUAACAAAUAAUUUUAGCAAUGUGUUAUUGGGCUAAUUUCUGGAGGUGGAAAUGAUCAUUUAGAUGGUGUCAGCAUACUUAUUUUCAUUCAUUUUGAGUAGAAUGUCCUUUUAAAAAGUCACCAGAACUGAGCUCCUCAGUCCUUCAACAUAAAAAUUAUAGGAGGGACCCCCCCCCCCCCCCCACUCCUUUCCCCCCGCUACUACAAAUUUUUCCAGAGGAAACACUGUCACAAAGUACUGUAUGGGUGUGUGUGCGCGCGCUUGCGUGCAGUGGAGUCUCAGCAGGAAACAUCAGAUAUUAAUCAUUCUCAUUUAUUGUUUUGUCCCAUAUUGUGUGCGUGUGUGUGUAGGAGGGUCGGCAGGGGACGGUGCUUUUGGCCCCCGGGCUGCAGGCCCCCCCAGACCCCUCCGACGAUGCCCCCUCUCCCACGGUUAGCCUUGGCAACCAGUCUCCAGGGGCGUCGGCACGCCGACAGCAGUUUCUCAGAGUCCAGUCCAUAACAAGCGCUGUUGACUACGAAUACUUCGACGUGGGCAUUGGACAGGUAACACACACACAAAAACACAUACCCCCUACCUGUGGUUGCGUGCGUGUGGUACUCUGUGAUGACUUACUCAGUGAUGACUUACUCAGUGACAACUAACUCUGAGGUAACUAACUUUCUACUCUUGAAUCACUGCUCUCAAACCAUCACCUCUGCUGCCCUGUCUGUUUGGUGUGAGCUGCAGCAGCAGUAGUAUUAGUAAUAGUCGUAGCAGCAGUAUUAGUAGUAGUAGUAGUAGUCGUAGCAGAAGUAGUAUUAGUAAUAGUCGUAGCAGCAGUAUUAGUAGUAGUAGUAGUAGUAGUAGUAGCAGAAGUAGUAUUAGUAAUAGUCGUAGCAGCAGUAUUAGUAGUAGUAGUAGUAGUAGUCGUAGCAUAAGUAGUAUUAGUAGCAGCAGUAGUAAUAGUAGCAGCAGCAAUAGUAUCAGUAGUUGUCGUAGUAGCAGUAGUUGUCGUAGUAGCAGCAGCAGUAGUAGUCGUAGCAGCAAUAUUAGUAGUAGUAGUAGCAGCAGUAGUAUUAGUAGUAGUAAUAGUCGCAGCAGUAGUAGUAGUAGUAGUAGUAGUAGUAGUAGUAGUCAUAGCAGUAGUAGUCGUAGUAGUAGUCGUAGUAGUCAUAGCAGUUGUAGUCGUAGUAGUUGAAGCAGCAACGGUAGUAGUUGUAGUCGCAGUAGUAGUCGUAGCAGCAGCAGUAGUAGUAGUAGUAGUAGUUGAAGCAGCAACGGUAGUAGUUGUAGCCGUAGCAGCAGUAGUAGUCGUAGCAGCAGCAGUAGUAGUCAUAGUACCCACAGUAGUCGCUACACCCGCAAUAACAUCUGCUAAACAUGUGUAUGUGACAAAUAAAACUAGAUUUGAUUGGAGUAGUAGUCGUAGCAGCAGCAGUAGUAGUAAAAGUGGCUGUGAAGUCUAACUAGCCCUCCUGCUUGUCUCCCUCUGCCUGCCUGGACAGACCAACGGGGGCAUAGCCAAGGGACAGGUCUGUCACACUGUCUCUCUAUACAGGACAUGCUGUUGGUUGUGGUCCCCAACCCCAGUUCUCUUCCAUUUCCUCUUAUGCUCCUGUCCUCAUAGAAAGCAUUAGAAUUUAUCCUUAGAAAGAACUCUAGCCCCGCCCCUAACCCUAACCUCAACACCAAUGUGACAGGUCAUCCAGUCUGUCAGGCCCCUCUCAAAGAUCUAUUUUACUGUCAUAUGAAUCAGACAAAUCUCUCAUUCCACCUCCACCCUUCCUUCCAUAUAGGACUCUCACUGUUACCAGGAUACAUACUGUAUGUACAUACAGUACAUUAACACAUCCACUGUUAGUGCCCUUCCUGUGUGAGUCCUCAUCUCCAUGGUUUCCUGCCAGCUGCUGUGAGGGUUCCCAGACCUUCUGUUGCCGUCAAUAUUUGCUGGCUUGUUGUGUUGCAUGAACAUUUUGCACCCAUGCUGAAUGUAUGUGUGUGUGGCUGUGUUAUUGGGUCAUUAUUUUUCACUGGAUUGUAUUGACCCAUGUAAUAUCACUUAAUGUUGACAUUUUGCAUGGGAUCGAUUUCUAUUGGGCUAUUCAAGCCUAUUGUCUUGCUCUUCUCUGGGCUGAAUAUACACAUGUGAUUUAUAACCCCCCUAUCUCUCUCUCGCUCUCACUCUCCCUCCCUCCCCGUUUCUCUCCAGGUGUCCAUUAACUACCCCCAGCUGGCAUUCCAUCCUCAGACCUUCUUUGCAUUCGGUUCUCCCAUCGGAAUGUUCCUGACCGUCCGUGGACUCAAACGCAUCGACCCAAACUACACCUUUCCCACCUGCAAGCACUUCUAUAACAUAUACCACCCUGUAAGCACACACACACCAUCCCUGCCUACCUGAGAUUGUAUAAUAUAACACCCACACACCUGCGCACAUCUGAUAUAUUGAGACAUGGCUUGUUCUCUCUCCCUCUAAAGUUUGACCCUGUGGCCUAUCGGAUCGAGCCCAUGAUUGUGUCUGAGUCAGACCUAGAGCCCAUGCUGAUCCCACAUCACAAGGGCCGCAAGAGGAUGCACCUGGGUACGGAUAUCAACCUAUCUUUCUAUCAAUACGUCUGUUAAAGAAUUAAUCUUUGUCAGUAAUGUGUUGUAGUGUUGAAAAGCCUUAUGACAUGAAAAAUAAUAACGUUUGGAGUGUGUGUGCACGUGUGUGUUCUCUAGAGUUGAAAGAGAGUCUGACGCGGAUGAGUACUGAUCUGAAGAAUAACGUUCUCGGCUCGUUUCGUACUGCCUGGCAGUCUCUGGUCCGAAUGCCCGUCGCUGCACUGCCCCCGGUGGAGGAUGGAGAAACUACAGCAGAGAGAUCCCUGCAGGAGACAGAGGGUAACACACACACACACACACACACACAGUGUCAGUGCAUUACUGCUCUGUGUAGGCUAAUACCCCAAGUUUUAAGGCUUUUAACUUAACCGUUAACUUCCAGUCCCCAGCAUGUUUGAAGCGUGUGAGUGUUCUUGCUGACAUGUCUAACCUAGUCUCCCCGUUCCUUGUGCUCUCUGCAUGUUCCCUCUCCUCUCCUCUCUGCUGUUCUGGUGGUCUUUCCUUUACCCUAACCCCUGACCCCUGACCCCUGACCCUAGUCCCUGCGGCAGCCUGCGCUGCUGUGAGGGAAGAGAGUAAGGCUGAUUUGUGGACUAAAAUUCUGGAGUGGCCCAAAGCCCUUCACUUACAUUACUUCCAAGGUAAGAAGCCAGGCGAUAUGGAGGCUAGAAUGAGCUACUGUAUGAGUGGUCUUCGUUCUAGCUGUCUGACUGUCAGAUGCAGCCCAGCACUCUGUACACAGAGAAUACUCCUUACAACGCCCCCCCCCCCCCCCCCCCCCCACCCCCUCACCCCCCACCCCCCCGGCAGAGAGAGACAGCAGCCUGUGUGCACUCACAGAAAUUGUAAUAUUGAUAUUUGGCCUGAUAUUUUGUCUUGAACUUGGAAAAAAAUAGCCUAAUAUUUAGGGUUUAUAUAGUCCUCUAGGCAUAGAGUCCUCUACCUGGAAAUUGAAGCCUGAUAUGGGCCUCGAACCAUUUAGUUUAAGGCUACUACUAAAAGUGGUAUUUUCAGACAGGCUAGUUACAAGAGUAUUUCAGUGAUAUCUACAGUAUUUGAUCCCCUGCUGAUUUUGCAUUUUAAUGAGGGAAAUAAGUAUUUGACCGCUCUGCAAAACAUGACUUAAUACUUGGUGGCAAAACCCAGAGGUCAGACGUUUCUUGUAGUUGGCCACCAGGUUUGCACACAUCUCAGGAGGGAUUUUGUUCCACUCCUCUUUGCAGAUCUUCUCCAAGUCAUUAAGGUUUCGAGGCUGAUGUUUGGCAACUCGAACCUUCAGCUCCCUCCACAGAUUUUCUAUGAGAUUAAGGUCUGGAGACUGGCUAGGCCACUCCAGGACCUUAAUGUGCUCUUCUUGAGCCACUCCUUUGUUGCCUUGGCCGUGUGUUUUGGAUCAUUGUCAUUGCGGAAUACCCAUCCACGACCCAUUUUCAAUGCCCUGGCUGAGGGAAGGAGGUUCUCACCCAAGAUUUGACGGUACAUGGCCCCGUCCAUCGUCCCUUUGAUGCGGUGAAGUUGUCCUGUCCCCUUAGCAGAAAAACACCCCCAAAGCAUAAUGUUUGACGGUGGGGAUGGUGUUCUUGGGGUCAUAGGCAGCAUUCCUCCUCCUCCAAACACGGCGAGUUGAGUUGAUGCCAAAGAGCUCGAUUUUGGUCUCAUCUGACCACAACACGUUCUCCUCUGAAUCAUUCAGAUGUUCAUUGGCAAACUUCAGACGGCCCUGUAUAUGUGCUUUCUUGAGCAGGGGGACCUUGCGGGUGCUGUAGGAUUUCAGUCCUUCACGGCGUAGUGUGUUACCAAUUGUUUUCUUGGUGACUAUGGUCCCAGCUGCCUUGAGAUCAUUGACAAGAUCCUCCGUGUAGUUCUGGGCUGAUUCCUCACCGUUCUCAUGAUCAUUGCAACUCCACGAGGUGAGAUCUUGCAUGGAGCCCCAGGCCGAGGGAAAUUGACAGUUAUUUUGUGUUUCUUCCAUUUGCGAAUAAUCGCACCAACUGUCGUCACCUUCUCACCAAGCUGCUUGGCCAUGGUCUUGUAGCCCAUUCCAGCCUUGUGUAGGUCUACAAUCUUGUCCCUGACAUCCUUGGAGAGCUCUUUGGUCUUGGCCAUGGUGGAGAGUUUGGAAUCUGAUUGAUUGAUUGCUUCUGUGGACAGGUGUCUUUUAUACAGGUAACAAGCUGAGAUUAGGAGCACUCCUUUUAAGAGUGUGCUCCUAAUCUCAGCUCGUUACCUGUAUAAAAGACACCUGGGAUUCAGAAAUCUUUCUGAUUGAGAGGGGGUGAAAUACUUAUUUCCCUCAUUAAAAUGCAAAUCAAUUUAUUACAUUUUUGACAUGCGUUUUUCUGGAUUUUUUUGUUGUUAUUCUGUCUCUGACUGUUCAAAUAAACCUACCAUUAAAAUUAUAGACUGAUCAUUUCUUUGUCAGUGGGCAAACGUACAAAAUCAGCAGGGGAUCAAAUACUUUUUUCCCUCACUGUAUGGACUGAUUUUAAAACUGUAGAUAAUGAAACUGUAGACAGUGUGGUUAAAUCAAUAGCAUUAACUGUCUUCAGGAAAGUAUCCAUCUUACCUUGGAUGUUGUUCUAUUGAUGCAGUGUCUAACAGCUCACUCUUUCUUCGGUAGUGUGUUAUUAUCCUCCCUCUUCUCUCAGCAUAUCAAGCCUUUUAAACACUCUCUUCUUAGCAUAUCUCACCUGUUGCCCUGUUAUCUCCCCCCUCUCCUUCCCACAUGCACCUGGCCCCUCACCCAUGCACCUGGCCUCUCCCAGAGCCUUGAUAGACUGCCUGACUUUUCCAAGUGGCUUCUGCUUCCUGAAGCUCAACUUUUAUUUUUCUCUAACUCCACUCACUAACUCCUCUCGCAAACUCCACUCGUUCACUCCUUAUGCACACUCAACUCUCUAACUCCCCUCGCCCACUGAACUCUCACUCCACUCGCUAACUCUCUCUCCACAGUUUCUAGAAACCCCCCUUCAUCAUCUUCCAAACUUUUCAAACAGCAGUCACUAAACUUACCUGGCCCAGAAACACUUCUCAUUCCCUAGCUAGCUUCAUCAUCUGCAGAUCUGACUGAACCAGAUAGGUGUGUGCAAAAUGGCAGAAACUUCACUAAUCCUAUUUAUUGGAAGUCUAGGUGGAGCCGGCAUCAUUUUGGAUUUUAUUUUCCAGUCCUUUCAUAUCUGCAAAUAGCAAGUAAGGGCUAGGAGUUGUUUCUGGACUGGACAUAGGAGUCCGUCUGCCUCCGUGUGAUUGGUCCAUCUCUGACCCUGCAGGUGUGCAUGAAGAGGCGGAGUCUCCAGGGUCGGGGGAGGAGGAGGAGGGACGUCAGGUGAAGGUGGGGAUGCUGAAUGGAGGGCGGAGGAUAGACUAUGUACUGCAGGAGGCACCCAUCGAGAGUUUCAACGAAUAUCUGUUUGCCAUCCAGUCCCACCUCUGCUACUGGUCAGUACCUGUGUGUGUGUGUGCGUCUGUUUGUGUCUGUGGUGUGUGUGUGUGUGUAAUGCAAAUACCUUUUGAAUUAUUAGGAUCCCCAUUAGCCGACGCCAAUCGUGACAGCUAGUCUUACUGGGGUCCGAUGCAUAACGAAAACUACAUUACAGACAAAAUACUUUACAAUUUACAUACAUUUAAAAACAUUAACAUGUAGUGUGUGUGUGUGUGUGUGUGUGCACAUCUAUCAGUUACACAUAUAGUGCAUUCAGAAAGUAUUCAGACCCCUUGACUUUUUCCACAUUUUGUUACGUUACAGCCUUAUUCUAAAAUUGAUUUUAAAAAAAGAAAAUCCUCUUCAAUCUACACACAAUACCCCAUAAUGACAAAGCAAUAUUACAUUUACAUAAGUAUUCAGACCCUUUACUCAGUACUUUGUUGAAGCACCUUUGGCAGCGAUUACAGCCUCGAGUCUUCUUGGGUAUGACACUACAAGCUUGGCACACCUGUAUUUGGGGAGUUUCUCCCAUUCUUCUCUGCAGAUCCUCUCAAGCUCUGUCAGGUUGGGUGGGGAGCGUUGCUGCACAGCUAUUUUCAGGUCUCUCCUGAUUUGUUCCAUCACGUUCAAGUCCGGGCUCUGGCUGGGCCACUUAAGGACAUUCAGAGACUUGUCCCGAAGCCACUCCUGCAUUGUUUUGGAUGUGUGCUUAGGGUCUUUGUCCUGUUGGAAGGUGAACCUUUGCCCCAGUCUGAGGUUCUGAGCGCUCUGGAGCAGAUUUUCAUCAAGGAUCUCUCUGUACUUUGCUCCGUUCAUCUUUGCCUCGAUCCUGACUAGUCUCCCAGUCCCUGCCACUGAAAAACAUCCCCACAGCAUGAUGCUGCCACCACCAUGCUUCACCGUAGGGAUGGUGCCAGGUGGUCCUCUGUAGCUCAGCUGGUAGAGCACGGCGCUUGUAACGCCAAGGUAGUGGGUUCGAUCCCCGGGACCACCCAUACAAAAUAAAAUAAAAAUGUAUGCACACAUGACUGUAAGUCGCUUUGGAUAAAAGCGUCUGCUAAAUGGCAUAUUAUAUAUUAUAUAUUAUAUUAUAUUAUUAUUAUAUAUUAUAUUAUGUGACGCUUGGCAUUCAGGCCAAAGAGUUCAAUCUUGGUUUCAUCAGACCAGAGAAUCUUGUUUCUCAUGGUCUGAGAGUCCUUUAGGUGCAUUUUGGCCAACUCCAAGCGGGCUGUCAAAUCAAAUCAAAUUUUAUUUGUCACAUACACGUGUUUAGCAGAUGUUAUUGCGAGUGUAGCGAAAUGCUUGUGCUUCUAGCUCCGACAGUGCAGUAAUAUCUAACAAGCAAUAUCUAACAAUUUCACAACAUAUACCCAAUACACACAAAUCUAAGUAAGGAAUGGAAUUAAGAAUAUAUACAUACAAUCAGUUUUGUUGUGACAAGGUGGACAUUUCAAAUAAGCAAAGAGAAACGACAGUCCAUCAUUACUUUAAGACAUGAAGGUCAGUCAAUACUGAACAUUUCAAGAACUUUGAAAGCUUCUUCAAGUGCCGUCGCAAAAACCUUCAAGCUCUAUGAUGAAACUGGCUCAUGAGGACCGCCACAGGAAUGGAAGACCCAGAGUUACCUCUGCUGCAGAGGAUAAGUUCAUUAGAAUUACCAGCCUCAGAAAUUGCAGCCCAAAUAAAUGCUUCACAGAGUUCAAGUAACAGACACAUCUCAACAUCAACUGUUCAGAGGAGACGGUUGGAAUCAGGCCUUCAUGGUCGAAUUGCUGCAAAGAAAUCACUACUAAAGGACACCAAUAAGAAGAAGAGACUUGCUUGGGCCAAGAAACACGAGCAAUGGACAUUAGACCGGUGGAAAUUUGUCCUUUGGUCUGGAGCCCAAAUUUGAGAUUUUUGGUUCCAACUGCCGUGUCUUUGUGAGAUGCAGUGUUGGUGAACGGAUGAUCUCCGCAUGUGUAUUUCCCACCUUAAAGCAUUGAGGAGGAGGUGUUAUGGUGUGGGGGUGCUUUGCUGGUGACACUGUCUGUAUUUUUUUUUAAAUUCAAGGCACACUUAACCAGCAUGGCUACCACAGCAUUCUGCAGCGAAACGCCAUCCCAUCUGGUUGGGGCUUAGUGGGACUAUCAUUUGUUUUUCAACAGGACAAUGACCUAACACACCUCCAGGCUGUGUACGGGCUAUUUUACUAAGAAGUAGAGGGAUGGAGUGCUGCAUCAGAUGACCUGGCCUCCACAAUCCCCUGACCUCAAACCAAUUGAGAGGGUUUGGGAUUAGUCGGACCGCAGAGUGAAGGAAAGCAGCCAACAAGUGCUCAGCAUAUGUGGGAACUCCUUCAAGACUGUUGGAAAAGCAUUCCAGGUGAAGCUGGUUGAGAGAAUGCCAAGAGUGUGCAAAGCUGUCAUCAAGGCAAAGGGUGGCUAUUUGAAGAAUCUCAAAUAUAAAAUAUAUUUUUAUUUGUUUAACACUUUUUUUUGGUUACUACAUGAUUCCAUAUGUGUUAUUUCAUAGUUUUGAUGUCUUCACUAUUAGAAAAUAGUAAAAAUAAAGAAAAACCCUUGAAUGAGUAGGGUAGUUCUCCCCCGAUAAUGUGUUCAGCAGACCGCACCAACCUCUGGAGAGCCCUGCGGUUGCAGGCGGUUCAGUUGCCGUACCAGGCGGUGGUACAGCCCGACAGGAUGAUCUCAAUUGUGCAUCUGUAAAGGUUUGAGGGUUUUAGGUGCCAAGCCAAAUUUCUUCAGCCUCCUGGCCAAACUGAGCAAUUAGGGGAGAAGGGCCUUGGUCAGGGAGGCUGUCAUGUGCCUUUUACUGAGGAGUGGCUUCCGUCUAGCCACUCUACCAUAAAGGUCUGAUUGGUGGAGUGCUGCAGAGAUGGUUGUCCUUCUGGAAGGUUUUCCCAUCUCCACAGAAGAACUCUGGAGCUCUAUCAGAGUGACCAUCGGGUUCUUGGUCACCUCCCUGACCAAGGCCCUUCUUCCCUGAUUUCUCAGUUUGGCUGGGUGGCCAGCUCUAGGAAGAAUCUUGGUGGUUCCAAACUUCUUCCAUUUAAGAGUGAUGGAGGCCACUGUGUUCUUGGGGACCUUAUAUGCAGCAGACAUUUUUUGAUACCCUUCCCCAGAUCUGUGCCUCGACACAAUCCUGUCUCGGAGCUCUACGGACAAUUCCUUCGACCUCAUGGCUUGGUUUUUGCUCUGACAUGCACUGUCAACUGUGGGACCUUGUAUAGACCGGUGUGUGCCUUUCCAAAUCAUGUCGAAUCAAUUGAAUUUACCACAGGUGGACUCCAAUCAAGUUGUAGAACCAUUUCAAGGAUGAUCAAUGGAAACAGGAUGCACCUGAGCUCAAUUUCAAGUCUCAUAGCAAAUGGUCUGAAUACUUAUGUAAAUAAAAUGUAUGUUUUUAAUUUUUUAUAAAUUUGCAAAAAUUCUAAAAUCCUGUUUUCGCUUUGUAAUUAUGGGGUAUGUGUGUAGAUUGAUGAGGAAUUUUUAGGGAAGUGGUCUGAAUACUUUCCGAAUGCACUGUACAUGUCAGUACAUACACACAACAAGUAAGUCACUCUUGUGUCUCUCCUGUGUGUGUAGGGAGUCUGAGGACACUGCUCUGCUGCUGCUAAAGGAGAUCUACGACAAACUGGGUGUGGCCUUUGAGCAGCCACAGCAG